AUUGCCCCCCACUCCCCGAGCCAGGGGUCCCGACCUGGUGCGGGGAGUUCAUGACGAGACAAGUGGAUUUGGCCCGAGGUUUGGGCGGCUUGUCGGACGAACCACUGGUCGGACCUGUUCAGUUAUUCGGCUCAACCAGGAAUAACUCAGGUCGCGUCUGUUUCACGCGCAGACGUCAUGCGAUCUACAAACUCCGCGGACGUCAAAAAACGCGUUAAACUGAUUUCAACCUCGGGGGUCGUGCAGCCGAUUUUCCUAGGACCGUUGGAUUGCCUUGAUCUCAACCGUUGAUUUUUGGACAUACCGGCUAUAAAGAGGGGGCCGAGACUCAUUUGGUUCGCCACAAAUUCGCAAGUCUUUGUUCUAAGGUCACGUUCAAGCUUCUUAGCUCGGUUUCUCCAGUUCGGUGUCUUCUUUCAGUUCGGUCUUUUUUUGGUGAGUCUUCCCUAGCUCUCCUUUUCUGAUUGUCUUUUCUUCGCAAUGUCUAGUUUUAGUUUAGAUAGUCUUUUAGAUGAGAGCGGUGAAUCCGCUGGGGCCGAGGUGGGUACCUCGACUUAGGUCGUAAAUCACCUUACCGAAGAAGCUACUUCGGGUCAAGAAGCGGUUUGCGGUCCUCCUGAGGUGGAAUCACCUCGGGAGGCACGAGAGGCCUCUAGUGGUCUGGCGUCCACCUCACACCGAGGUCGGCAGCCAGAUUACUUUGGCCCAUCGACGAUGACAGCGGACAGGCUCCAAGCCUUAGUAGCUCGGUAUAGGCUUCCGAGUGAUCUUGUCUACAGUCUUCCGAUAGGCAACUUUCCCUGGGAGCACGGUCACGACGAGAUCGUGAUCUUUGAGGAACAGCUCGCGGUAGGUCUUCAUCUUCCAUUUCACCCCCUGAUCGUCGAAGUCAUUAAACUCUUCAACAUCACCAUAGAUCAGUUGCACCCGAACUCCAUCCGCAACAUAGUAGGAACCAUCUCGCUCUUCCAUGACUAUAACCUGCCCCUUGACUUUGACAUUUUUUUUUCAAUCCUUUCAAUAAAGAAGAAUUCCUCCUUUGUUCUACCCGAGCACAGGCGGACUUACUACUUGUCCCCACGUCCGGGCUACAAGCUCUUACACAAACUCCCAAACAGGGUCCCGGCCUGGAAAAUGGGCUACUUUUUAGUCCGCAACACCGAGGGGUGCCCUUUCCCGACCCACUAGAGGGCGGCCAUCCAAGAUCCCAAUGUCAGGCUGGACUUGAAGACAAGGGAAGCGCUCCAGUCUUGGGUGGAGCUCGGUCUCAAGUUUGCGGACUAUGUGACUGAAGACGAGCUCGUGCAGGCUGGUCUGAGUCAUGGUAGGUCGUUACUUUUGUGUUGCCUUUGUUUUAUUUUGAUGUUGUUUCAUACGUUUUGCUUUUGUUACAUCAACCAUGAAGCUUCUUGUGAACAAGCUCCUUGGAAGGAUGAAGGGGAAGAAGAAGCAAGCUGUCAAAAGACCUCGCGUUGAGUCUCCGCAGGCUGUCGUCCCUGAGCCCAAGCAGCCCUCCAUUGCGCAACCUCCAGUGAUCGAUCUGGUCGAGGAGGAACUGGGAAGGGUCUCCUCACCCCACGCGACUGAGGAGGCAACAUCUUCGGAGCCUGCCCCUGUGGCUGUCACUUCUUCGGGCAGCGAGGGGGUAGUUCAGAGCAUCCUAACUCCGAAGUACAGCCUCCUCAAGAGCAAGAGCGCGGUAUACGCCGAGGAGGUUGCCAACUGGGCUGAGCUGUCGGUCGCUCAGCUCGGAGCUCGAGCGGCUACUCACUGUAUGGUGGUGAACUCUGUUGUGCACGCUCUGACAUACCAGUCCGAACUGCACUUGAAGCAAGCUAUUGCAGCUGAGUCCUCAUCUCACGAAGCUCACUCCGAGCUAAAUAUGGCCCGUAACGAAAUUAACCAGUUGAAGAACGAUGCACGGGAUCAGAAGGAGCUGACAUCACUGCUGAUGUCCGAGAAGAAGGAGCUUGCGAGGGAGAAAGCGGCGCUGAAGCGGGAGGUGGAGAACCUCGAGGCCCAUGUCAAGGAGUGCACUAAAAUACUCCUCCAAGCAGUGGAGGAGGCCAAGGCCAAAGCCGUUGAGGAAUACAAGACCUCAGAAGAGUUCCACGGAGAGCUGAUCGAGGUGGGGACGGAAGGCUACCGUAAGGGCUUUAAGCUUACCAGUUGGCUGACCCGAUGUGAAUUUUCGCAGCUCGACCUAAGCGCCAUCACCACCUCAAGGGUCAUAGGUGAGAUGGUUGUCGAAGCUGCUGAAGAUCCGGACUCCGAGGCAGAAAGAGACAGCGAGCUGCUCAUUGACAUCGAAGAGACUGAUGCUAACGAGAGGGUGAACCUUCCUGCCGAAGCCUCGGGCAAGGGCGAAGAGCGUCCAGACGAAUAGACUUCCAUAUUGUAUACCCCGGGCCUGCGAACUCGGUCUAUAGUAGAAAUCUUUUUUUUUUUUUUGUAACGAACUCCUCAUAUUAAUGAAACACUUGUCUUUUUGUCAAAUGUUCCAAGUGCAAAUAACUCCCUAACUGGCGAACUAACCAAAUAGGUAUAGGUUACCCCGAACUGUCGAGCUAUCGAGUUGAACUACCAGUAGGGGUAACUUCGCAUGAUGUACGCCAAGGUGCGUGGACUUGUAGGGCAUAUACCCGACUUGUCUGCGCGCGGGCUACUUGGUAAUGUUAGUUGUCCCUUUGUUGGGGUUCAACUUUUUCAUUAUAUGGGAAAGUGGGCUAAACAUCGUAGGGUUUAUACCCAAGCUGUCUAUACCUUAGGCAUGAGGAGAUGAGUUGCCUAUGCCGAAGAGG